UCACCGACGGGUGGACGGACUGACCGCCGGAGGACGGCCGGCCUGGGCGGUGGCAACUCGGGCCCGAUGGCGCGGGUCGCGUGAGGCGGCAGGCCGAGUGCGGCCCGCGGUGCGCCCGCCCAGCGAUGCGGGCCCCGCCCGUCGCCUCAGGUGCCAUUUGGAUAGUACUUUAGCGGCACGAUGUACUCUGAGUGGCGGUCACUGCAUUUGGUGAUUCAGAAUGAUCAAGGCCAUACCAGUGUGCUACACAGCUAUCCAGAGAGUGUUGGGCGAGAGGUGGCAAAUGCAGUGGUCCGUCCUCUUGGGCAGGCAUUAGGUACCUCUUCAGUGGCUGGUAGUGAGAGUUUGUUAAAAACUGACAAAGAAGUAAAAUGGACCAUGGAAGUAAUUUGCUAUGGACUGACCCUUCCUUUAGAUGGAGAGACUGUAAAAUACUGUGUUGAUGUAUAUACAGAUUGGAUUAUGGCUUUGGUGUUGCCGAAAGAUUCUAUUCCAUUACCAAUUAUUAAAGAGCCUAAUCUGUAUGUUCAAAGUAUAUUAAAACACCUACAAAAUCUUUUUGUACCAAGACAGGAACAAGGCUCCAGUCAGAUCCGACUAUGCUUACAGGUUCUGAGAGCCAUUCAGAAACUGGCCCGUGAGUCAUCCAUCAUGGCUCGAGAAACCUGGGAAGUUUUACUGUUGUUUCUUCUGCAAAUUAAUGACAUUCUUCUGGCCCCACCAACUGUUCAAGGUGGCAUUGCUGAGAACCUAGCAGAGAAGUUGAUUGGUGUUCUCUUUGAAGUUUGGUUGCUAGCUUGCACCCGGUGCUUCCCAACGCCUCCUUAUUGGAAGACAGCCAAGGAGAUGGUGGCUAACUGGAGGCACCACCCUGCAGUGGUGGAGCAGUGGAGCAAAGUCAUCUGUGCACUCACAUCCAGAUUGCUCCGCUUUACAUACGGUCCUUCAUUUCCUCCUUUUAAAGUUCCCGAUGAAGAUGCCAAUCUGAUCCCUCCAGAAAUGGACAAUGAGUGUGUUGCACAAACAUGGUUUCGAUUUUUGCACAUGUUAAGUAAUCCUGUGGACCUAAGUAACCCAGCCAUUAUAAGCUCAACCCCCAAGUUUCAGGAACAGUUCUUGAGUGUAAGCGGGAUGCCGCAGGAGCUGAGCCAGUACCCCUGCCUUAAACAUCUGCCUCAGAUAUUCUUUCGUGCCAUGCGUGGAAUCAGCUGUCUGGUGGAUGCAUUCUUAGGCAUUUCUCGACCAAGAUCAGACAGUGCUCCUCCAACACCCGUGAACAGAUUAAGUAUGCCUCAGAGCACUGCUGUGAAUACCACACCACCACAUAACCGGAGGCAUAGGGCUGUUACUGUGAAUAAGACCACCAUGAAGACAAGUGCAGCUACUACUGUUCACACCUCGAAAGUCCAGCACCAGGCAUCCUCUACUUCUCCUCUGUCAAGUCCAAAUCAGACUAGUUCAGAGCCCAGGCCACUGCCUGCCCCUCGGAGACCAAAGGUUAACAGCAUCUUGAAUCUCUUUGGAUCAUGGUUAUUCGAUGCAGCAUUUGUUCACUGCAAACUUCAUAAUGGGAUAAACAGAGACAGCAGCAUGACUGCAUCUUUUAUCCAAAUUCUUCUUUCUUAUAAAUCUUCCAUUGCAACACAAGCUAGCAUGGAGUUUCGGCGAAAAGGGUCCCAAAUGUCCACAGACACCAUGGUUUCCAAUCCCGUGUUUGAUGCAAGUGAAUUUCCUGAUAACUAUGAAGCAGGAAGAGCUGAGGCUUGUGGGACAUUAUGUAGAAUUUUUUGUAGCAAGAAGACUGGAGAAGAGAUUCUGCCAGCUUAUUUAUCCAGAUUUUACAUGCUUUUAAUUCAAGGUUUGCAGAUAAAUGAUUAUGUGUGCCAUCCUGUCUUGGCCAGCGUUAUUCUAAACUCCCCUCCUUUGUUCUGCUGUGACUUGAAAGGGAUUGAUGUUGUGGUUCCUUACUUUAUUUCAGCUCUUGAAACCAUUUUGCCUGACAGAGAACUCUCAAAAUUCAAAAGCUAUGUAAAUCCAACAGAAUUGAGAAGAUCCUCCAUUAAUAUCCUGCUUUCUUUGUUGCCCCUCCCUCAUCAUUUUGGCACAGUCAGAUCUGAGGUGGUCCUAGAAGGAAAGUUUAGUAAUGAUGACAGCUCUUCUUAUGAUAAACCAAUAACUUUUCUGUCCCUGAAGUUGAGACUUGUGAAUAUACUAAUAGGUGCCUUGCAAACAGAAACGGACCCUAACAACACCCAAAUGAUACUAGGAGCUAUGUUAAAUAUUGUUCAGGAUUCUGCACUUUUAGAAGCCAUUGGUUGUCAAAUGGAGAUGGGUGGUGGAGAAAACAACCUAAAGAGUCAUAGUCGCACUAAUAGUGGCAUUAGUUCAGCAAGUGGAGGAAGCACAGAACCUACAACGCCUGAUAGUGAGAGACCCGCUCAAGCUCUCCUAAGGGAUUACGCUCUUAAUACAGAUUCAGCUGCUGGGCUCCUGAUUCGCAGCAUUCAUCUCGUCACCCAAAGACUCAACUCACAGUGGCGGCAAGACAUGAGCAUAUCCUUGGCAGCUCUAGAGCUCCUCUCCGGCCUGGCAAAGUCCAGGACCCAAACCCAGGGAAUAGUGCCACUCUCCUUUAAGGUGAAGGUGAUGGUUGACUUGGGAGACCGGAAGCGUGCCAUCAGUUCUGUGUGCAGUUAUAUUGUAUACCAGUGCAGUCGGCCAGCUCCUCUUCACUCCCGGGAUCUGCACUCCAUGAUAGUGGCAGCAUUUCAGUGUCUCUGUGUCUGGCUGACAGAGCACCCUGAUAUGCUGGAUGAGAAGGAUUGCCUUAAAGAAGUACUGGAGAUUGUAGAACUGGGUAUCUCAGGAAGCAAGUCCAAGAACAGUGAGCAAGAGGUCAAAUACAAAGGAGAUAAGGAGCCAAACCCUGCGUCCAUGAGGGUAAAGGAUGCUGCAGAAGCCACUUUAACAUGUAUCAUGCAGUUGCUUGGCGCAUUUCCUUCACCCAGUGGUCCUGCCUCUCCUUGUAGUCUGGUGAAUGAGACCACUCUGAUCAAAUACUCCAGGCUGCCAACCAUAAACAAGCAUAGUUUCCGGUACUUUGUCUUGGAUAACAGUGUCAUCCUGGCAAUGCUGGAGCAACCGCUUGGAAAUGAGCAGAAUGAUUUUUUCCCCUCUGUCACUGUGUUGGUCCGGGGAAUGUCUGGAAGACUUGCAUGGGCUCAGCAACUUUGCCUUUUACCCAGAGGAGCAAAAGCAAAUCAGAAGCUUUUUGUGCCAGAACCUCGCCCAGUUCCUAAAAAUGAUGUUGGAUUUAAGUAUUCUGUGAAACAUCGACCAUUUCCUGAAGAGGUGGACAAGAUUCCUUUUGUAAAAGCAGACUUGAGCAUUCCAGAUUUACAUGAAAUUGUCACCGAAGAAUUAGAAGAGAGGCAUGAAAAACUAAGGAGUGGUAUGGCCCAGCAGAUUGCAUAUGAAAUACACCUGGAACAGCAGAGCGAGGGAGAAUUGCAGAAGAGAAGCUUCCCUGAUCCUGUUACGGAUUGUAAGCCCCCACCUCCUGCCCAAGAAUUCCAAACAGCUCGCCUUUUCCUUUCUCACUUUGGAUUUUUGUCCUUAGAGGCAUUGAAGGAACCUGCAAAUAGUCGUCUACCUCCUCACCUCAUUGCACUCGAUUCUACCAUACCUGGGUUUUUUGAUGACAUUGGGUAUCUGGAUCUCUUGCCAUGUCGUCCUUUCGACACAGUUUUUAUUUUCUAUAUGAAACCAGGUCAGAAGACGAACCAAGAGAUUUUAAAGAACGUGGAGUCUUCCAGAAAUGUUCAGCCACAUUUCCUAGAAUUUUUGCUUUCCCUUGGCUGGUCAGUAGAUGUGGGCAGACAUCCUGGUUGGACGGGACAUGUGUCCACCAGUUGGUCAAUUAAUAGUUGUGAUGAUGGUGAAGGGUCUGAACAAGAUGAAGUAACUUCCUCUGAAGAUGCUGGGGCUAGCAUUUUCAAUGGGCAGAAGAAGGUGCUGUAUUAUGCUGAUGCCCUAACGGAAAUAGCUUUCGUGGUUCCUUCUCCCGUGGAGUCCUUAACUGAUUCUUUGGAAAGUAAUAUCUCAGACCAAGAUAGCGACUCAAAUAUGGAUCUUAUGCCUGGAAUUCUGAAGCAGCCACCCCUGACACUUGAGCUGGUCCCCAAUCAUACAGACAGUCUUAAUUCCUCACAGAGGCUCAGUCCAAGUUCCAGAAUGAAGAAGCUGCCUCAGGGUCGCCAUGUGCCUCCCCUUGGACCUGAGACAAGAGUGUCUGUAGUCUGGGUGGAACGCUAUGAUGAUAUAGAAAACUUUCCCCUCUCAGAUCUUAUGACUGAGAUCAGCACUGGUGUGGAAACUACUGCAAAUAGUAGCACUUCUCUGAGAUCUACAACUCUUGAAAAAGAAGUCCCCGUUAUCUUCAUCCACCCCUUAAACACUGGAUUGUUCCGGAUAAAAAUCCAAGGAGCCACUGGAAAAUUUAACAUGGUCAUCCCCCUUGUUGAUGGGAUGAUAGUCAGCCGGCGAGCACUUGGCUUUCUGGUGCGGCAGACUGUAAUAAACAUUUGUAGAAGAAAGAGACUCGAGAGUGAUUCCUACAGCCCACCACAUGUCCGUCGGAAACAGAAAAUCACUGACAUUGUCAACAAAUACCGGAAUAAGCAAUUGGAGCCAGAGUUUUAUACUGCCCUUUUCCAGGAGGUUGGACUCAAGAACUGCAGUUCUUAGAGCACAGUUGGUCCAGGGCAAUGGACUGCAGAAUGAGCUCAGACAUCAAAGCAAGACAGUCCUGAAAAAUAAAAGUGAAUCACUCCCAACAACAUUGUUGAAUCACCAGAAGAAACACGAUGUGAAGGCACUGGCUUGAGGACCGCCAGCUUUCUAAUGAGUGGACCUCACACAGUCACACUCCUGCUGAAAAUGACAACAAGCAUUUUAGCCAUAAACUUUCUUUUAAAGUGACAAUUUUAGUAAAAUACAAGCCUUUUGAGGAUAAAGGCUUUAAUGCAUCAGUUAAAUACAUGCAUUGGUAGUGUCAACAGGCUUGCAAGUUAGGAGCUGAAGAUAGUUUAUACCUCGCUUUUUAGGAGGGUGUUUCAGAACUAAGAUCGGUCUCAGAAUCUUCCAGAACUUUUUAAGGCUUAAGUUGAUACUGUGGAGAAGGAAAGAGGCUGCAGCUUUGUCCUCAUGUUUUGAUCCAUUUGUCACCCGUCACACUGACAGGGUAAAACAUAAAUGGGUUUUGCUCAGUUAAGUAUGACAUUAAAAUUUUUCCUAUUUUCUCUCCAUAUUUAAGCAAGUUGUCCGUCUCAUUGCCCUGGAGCUGUUAUAUGACCUCAGCUUCUUAGCAAGCAGAUGGAAAUGGAGGCACAGCUGUGUUCUCUGAUGGUGUACUAGUCAUGUUUGCGUUAAAAACUAUGAGCAAGCAGUGGUGCCUCCUGUCUCCAUUACUUUUCAGUUUGAUGGCAUGAUGACAGGGUAGACACGGUUCCUCGAUUAAAUACCAAGAAAUGUGAGUUCACAACAGGGGCUGAAAAUUAUCUGGCUUCAUCCUUCAUUGUUUUUUCAGGGCCAAGCAGCAGGCUGCAGUAGUUGAUAGAGGGUUGUGUUCAUGGUUCAGGAAGAAAUGUCCCACUGCCACUCAGCUCUCUUUUAGUGAACAUCUGGUUCACACUCCACAGAAUCUGUCAUCUCCUUAGGUGGCUGCUUGCUGUUAUGUUUCCUGGUCUUAUUCAGCUGAAGGCACAAGUCCCUAGCAGGACUCUGGAAUAUUUCUGCCUCUGACUGCUGCUUUUCUGCCAGGGACAAAGCAUAGGAGGUGGCCAGAACCACACUGUUUUAGAAGGACCCCUGUUACAGUGCUCAGUAUAUACCUAUUUUUCUGUUUUCUUCUUUGGUAAGAUUGUCUUAGAAAACAAAUGACACUUACAGUCCAAAGAGGAAUCAUCAGAGUUGAACAGGGGUGUUCCCACUGGCCCUCUGUUGUCACCAAGUCUUGUAGAGCAAGGUUCUUUUCCUAGAAUAUUCAGGGCAGUGCUGUACCUGCUCCCCUGUGCAUGUGCCUCCAGUAGAGAAGCUUGUGUCCUGCCAUCUCUGAGCAAGAACCAUGGGUGCAGCAGCCCUUGGUCUGAACUUUGCCACCACCCCCUUUUUUUCUCAGCUCAGGUACACACACACCCGCCUUGUGUCUUCCUCAUCCUUUGUGUCCUCCUCUUCCUCCCCACUGUGAGUCCAGUUUCCAUUCAAGGCAUAUGGUGUUCUGUCUUUUGACUUUUUUUUUUUUUUAAGUCAGGCAAUAAUCCAAUGUUUCCAGGUGAUACCAUGAGGUGAGGAAUGGUACAAAUUAAUAGUGGGUUUUACCCUAAAAGUAUUCUCAUAACUUAGCAAAAAGAGGUGAAAUUGAACAAUCUUUAAGAUGCUUUCAGAUUGUCACUUCAUGGGAAAAAUGGGUUCUUUGUUCUAUCUGAGGUGAACAAAGAAUCUAUGCAUCCAAGUGCAACUUACAACAUUCCAUAGGCUACAAAGAACUGAUAAAGAUGUACUUCCUCACCAUGAUUCUUCUGAAAACUUUUACUUUGGAUAUUGUUUAAAUGAAACCAGAAAGAUACGUAUGGGAUAUAUGUGUUGGGUGGGCUUACUGGCCUUUCCCCUUCAGUUGGCUCUAAUUUCUAACUUCGUAAUUCUGAUGACUUUGAGAGAGAACAACCGUGGCUGAUGCAGUUCAAUAUCUGGUGUACGUGGCAGUUUCCCGAGGGCUACACACCCGAGGCAGAGAAGUCCUAGUGUGCAUAGCCAACAGAACUUUACAUGCGCACACACACACACACACACACACACACACACACAGGUUCCCUCUGCUCCACACCAUCUGCCCACCAACCAAGUGCGAAACCUUGGGCCUCAGAGUGUGGUUUGGAAUCCUGCUCACUGAGUUUAUCCUCCUGCCUGCGCUAAGAUCACUUUGAAAAGAAUCUUGUCAGAGGAACAUACUUAGUACCUACAGUAAUCUUAGUAGUUCACUUGAUAAAUUUGCCAGCACACGUUCAGAAACGUUGGAGAAACACUAGAACCAGUCUGGAUUGUGGUUUUAAACUGCUCAGUUGCUGUACGUGGAUGCCCAGGCACUCUCAAAGAGGAAAACAUUCCCUAAGGUUUAGGCUGGUGGCCCCUCCUGUUUGCUUCUGAAGCUGGGGCGGGUAAGGGGGCUUGCUCCUUUGCCUGGAAGCACAGGAAACAGACCUUGUAACCACUUCAAACCUUGCAGCCACCUUUCCCUCUUGUCUAGAGUUUUCUCUUAAGACCUGCUGGCCUUUGGCCCCUUGAAAAGAGUUAAUUACAAUGGUCGGGCAGCCCUCCCCAGCCAUAUGAUGUGUGUGCCAUGCACAUGUGUAUAUGAGCAUCUCCCUCUUCCAGCGGCCCAGUUUUAGAGUAGCUCCACCUCUGGACUCACCUCUAAAAAUACCUACACUAUGGCUGGCCCUGUCAGUGUCUGGCUCACAGGUAGUAGGACAGCCUGAAAGAAUAGCUCCCCUGUCUAAGCUGGGGAAACAGUCAGGUUCUACAGACUGACCUCUAUGGUGAUGAGUUUCCCAGAGUGCAUUCCUGUUGAAAAGUGGAAUCAUCCCCCCAGCGUCAGCCUUGGGCAGAGAUGGGUAAAUGGUGACAACCAUCUUGGAGGUCAUCUGACACUCUCAUGGCAGCAGAUGUCCCUUAGCAUUUAAAGCCUGUUCAGGCUGGAGGAUCUGUGUUAACAGUGACCAUUGGCAUCCACUGGUCUGUUUCCAGCACACCCUGACAUCCCCUCUUCCUGAGGGAUCCAUCUGGACAGUGGGGUCACUGGACUUGCUGCUGGCAGAGCCAUGCACUGCAUAGGGUUUUCUCAGAAUAGCCACCCUUCUUGUUCAGACAAGUUUUUUUAAUGAUGAGGAAAAUGUGUAAUUCGGGAUUCCACAGUGCCUUGCAUACAGUAGGCGCCCAAUACCUAUUUGUUGAAGCAAAUCAAGUUCUUUGUCCCCACAGUGACCAAGGCAUCUUCCUCUGAAGGGCUUGGCAGUUGUGGCUAAAAACUAAGUAUCAUUAUUUGCUCAAAACCAUAUUUCCAAUUUGUAUGAAUUUCGGUAUAUUGCCAAGAUGGGAUCUUUUUCCUGUUGUAUUUUCUGUAAAUAUUUCUGCCACUGAUCUGUAAAGUAAAGGAGAUGUAAAUACGAA